GGUUUUCGAUUUUUGGCGUUCAGUAGUCGCGGUUGGUGGGUAACAACUGAGCUAAGAUGCUGCGGAAUGUGCUGGCCCUUCGUCAGAUUGUCCAGAGGACCAUCAGCACCACUUCACAAAGGCAUUUUGAAAACAAAGUUCCAGAGAAGCAAAAGCUGUUUCAGGAGGAUAAUUGGAUGCCAGUUCAUCUGAAAGGCGGGGCAUCUGAUGCCCUCCUCUACAGAGCCACAAUGCUUCUGACAGUUGGUGGAACAGCGUAUGCCAUCUAUAUGUUAGCUAUGGCUGCAUUCCCCAAGAAGCAGAACUGACGUCAUCAUCCCAGUCUCCACAUAGUUCAGUUUC